AUUGAACCGUGGAAAAGCCUGUAUGAUGAGUGGCAGAUAGAUCGUGAUUUCUUCCACCAGACCAUCAAGGGGACUUAUCCAUCGCCCUUCUGUGCCACGUAAUGGAGAAAUUGUACUCUAAGCUCUUUCUUUACUUUAGUAUUGCUGUGCUCAAUGUUUCUACACAGGAUAUCAAUGAAUGUGCAUCUGGACCAUGUAAACACGGAGGUAUCUGUACAGAUAAAGUGAAUGGAUACACAUGUACAUGUGUCACUGGAUAUGUUGGAGUUCAUUGUGAAAUAAAUAUCAAUGAAUGUGCAUCUGGACCAUGUAAACACAGAGGUACCUGUAAAGAUAAUGUGAAUGGAUACACAUGUUCAUGUGCUCCAGGUUAUAAUGGAGUUCACUGUGAAAGAGGGCCACCAACUGUCACAAUUCCACAGUCAUCAUACAGUGUUAUUAUUGGUAGGUCUGUAACCUUGACCUGUAAUGUGAUAUCUGACCUUGACAUCACUUCUGUUACAUGGCGGAGAACAACUGAAAAUAACAGUGAACCUUUAUUUAUAACUGUAUUAUCUGGCGAGAUAUCAAGUUCAAAAUACAGUGGCAGUAACAGCAGUUCCCCAUCUCUGACCAUCUCUUAUGCUGACAAACAAGAUCAAGGAGCUUAUACCUGUAUAGCUACAAAUGAGGAUGGAACAGGGAACAGUUCUGCCACUUUUCUCGUAGUUAGAGGGCCACCAACUGUCACAAUUCCACAGUCAUCAUACAGUGUUAUUAUUGGUAGGUCUGUAACCUUGACCUGUAAUGUGAUAUCUGACCUUGACAUCACUUCUGUUACAUGGCGGAGAACAACUGAAAAUAACAGUGAACCUUUAUUUAUAACUGUAUUAUCUGGCGAGAUAUCAAGUUCAAAAUACAGUGGCAGUAACAGCAGUUCCCCAUCUCUGACCAUCUCUUAUGCUGACAAACAAGAUCAAGGAGCUUAUACCUGUAUAGCUACAAAUGAGGAUGGAACAGGGAACAGUUCUGCCACUUUUCUCGUAGUUAGAGGGCCACCAACUGUCACAAUUCCACAGUCAUCAUACAGUAUUAUUAUUGGUAGGUCUGUAACCUUGGCCUGUAAUGUGAUAUCUGACCUUGACAUCACUUCUGUUACAUGGCGGAGAACAACUGAAAAUAACAGUGAACCUUUAUUUAUAACUGUAUUAUCUGGCGAGAUAUCAAGUUCAAAAUACAGUGGCAGUAACAGCAGUUCCCCAUCUCUGACCAUCUCUUAUGCUGACAAACAAGAUCAAGGAGCUUAUACCUGUAUAGCUACAAAUGAGGAUGGAACAGGGAACAGUUCUGCCACUUUUCUCGUAGUUAGAGGGCCACCCACUGUCACAAUUCCACAGUCAUCAUACAGUGUUAUUAUUGGUAGCUCUGUAACCUUGACCUGUAAUGUGACAUCUGACCUUGACAUCACUUCUGUUACAUGGCGGAGAACAACUGAAAAUAACAGUGAACCUUUAUUUAUAACUGUAUUAUCUGGCGAGAUAUCAAGUUCAAAAUACAGUGGCAGUAACAGCAGUUCCCCAUCUCUGACCAUCUCUUAUGCUGACAAACAAGAUCAAGGAGCUUAUACCUGUAUAGCUACAAAUGAGGAUGGAACAGGGAACAGUUCUGCCGCUUUUCUCAUAGUUAGAGGGCCACCAACUGUCACAAUUCCACAGUCAUCAUACAGUGUUAUUAUUGGUAGCUCUGUAACCUUGACCUGUAAUGUGGCAUCUGACCUUGACAUCAUUUCUGUAACAUGGCGGAGAACAACUGAAAAUAACAGUGAACCUUUAUUUAUAACUGUAUUAUCUGGCGAGAUAUCAAGUUCAAAAUACAGUGGCAGUAACAGCAGUUCCCCAUCUCUGACCAUCUCUUAUGUUGACAAACAAGAUCAAGGAGCUUAUACCUGUAUAGCUACAAAUGAGGAUGGAACAGGGAACAGUUCUGCCACUUUUCUCAUAGUUAGAGGGCCACCAACUGUCACAAUUCCACAGUCAUCAUACAGUGUUAUUAUUGGUAGCUCUGUAACCUUGACCUGUAAUGUGACAUCUGACCUUGACAUCAUUUCUGUAACAUGGCGGAGAACAACUGAAAAUAACAGUGAACCUUUAUUUAUAACUGUAUUAUCUGGCGAGAUAUCAAGUUCAAAAUACAGUGGCAGUAACAGCAGUUCCCCAUCUCUGACCAUCUCUUAUGUUGACAAACAAGAUCAAGGAGCUUAUACCUGUAUAGCUACAAAUGAGGAUGGAACAGGGAACAGUUCUGCCACUUUUCUCAUAGUAAGAGGGCCACCAACUGUCACAAUUCCACAGUCAUCAUACAGUGUUAUUAUUGGUAGGUCUGUAACCUUGACCUGUAAUGUGACAUCUGACCUUUACAUCACCUCUGUUACAUGGCUGAGAAUAACUGAAAAUAACAGUGAACCUUUAUUUAUAACUGUAUUACCUGGUGAGAUAUCAAGUUCAAAAUACAGUGGCAGUAACAGCAGUUCCCCAUCUCUGACCAUCUCUUAUGCUGACAAACAAGAUCAAGGAGCUUAUACCUGUAUAGCUACAAAUGAGGAUGGAACAGGGAACAGUUCUGCCACUUUUCUCGUAGUUAGAGGACCACCAACUGUCACAAUUCCACAGUCAUCAUACAGUGUUAUUAUUGGUAGGUCUGUAACCUUGACCUGUAAUGUGACAUCUGACCUUUACAUCACCUCUGUUACAUGGCUGAGAAUAACUGAAAAUAACAGUGAACCUUUAUUUAUAACUGUAUUACCUGGUGAGAUAUCAAGUUCAAAAUACAGUGGCAGUAACAGCAGUUCCCCAUCUCUGACCAUCUCUUAUGCUGACAAACAAGAUCAAGGAGCUUAUACCUGUAUAGCUACAAAUGAGGAUGGAACAGGGAACAGUUCUGCCACUUUUCUUGUAGUUAGAGGGCCACCAACUGUCACAGUUCCACAGUCAUCAUACAGUGUUAUUAUUGGUAGGUCUGUAACCUUGACCUGUAAUGUGAUAUCUGACCUUGACAUCACUUCUGUUACAUGGCGGAGAAUAACUGAAAAUAACAGUGAACCUUUAUUUAUAACUGUAUUACCUGGCGAGAUGUCAAGUUCAAAAUACAGUGGGAGUAACAGCAGUUCCCCAUCUCUGACCAUCUCUUAUGCUGACAAACAAGAUCAAGGAGCUUAUACCUGUAUAGCUACAAAUGAGGAUGGAACAGGGAACAGUUCUGCCACUUUUCUCGUAGUUAAAAAUACCUAUACAAAUUGUAACAAGAAUGUGAGUGACAUUAGAUUGCAUACCAUGUUACCUGUAGGAUAUUGUUUAGAUCACAGCAUUGUUUGCCAUGGUAAAGAUGAUACAGGCCAAAAAAUUGAGAUUAAGAACAUUGUCAAAGGAGUGGAAUUUAUAGAUGUAAAGACAAAGCCAGAGGUUGACAAUCAAACUGGUUUUGAUCUCUGUGUAAAUAGAAGCCUUAAGGAUGUGUCAGGACUUUAUCAGCUGAUAUUAACAGUUAGUAUAGAUGACAGUCAAGAGAUGAACUUAAAAUGGAACGUAGAAGUUGAAAAGUCAAGAUGUAUUCUAAAUUCCUCGUAUGAAGUAGAGGUGUUGGAAUAUGAAUCUGUUGGGAGUGUGGUGUUACAUAUAGACAGUUGUGCACCUAAUUACUAUACCAUACUGUCUUCAAUAGCUGAGCAGUCAGAUGAGGAAAUAAGUUUUACAACAGAUUAUGGUUAUGGAUACAUCAUUACCAGUCCACUUAAUACAGAUAUUAGCACUUUGUAUAAAUUUCUGUUGGUGAUGACAGAAAACACCAUUGUCCUUCAGACAGUUAAUGUAACCAUAGCGAUUGUUGAUUCAAGCCAAAGACCUUUGUGUCCACUUACAAUCAACAUCUAUAUAAGCUUGUUAGAUGUAGAGGGAAAAACUGGUUACAAAGUGAUAUGUUCAUCUUAUAAUAAUAGAUCUAUAGCCUAUGCUGUCUCUGGGACAGACUAUUUUGAAGUACUUUCUUCUGGAGAAAUCCAUUUGAUUUCACAGUUACCUAGAUAUUUUGACAUCAUAACAUACUUUAACAUUGUUGUAAGAUAUGAUGGAAAUCCUCAGCAUUCAGAAACUGUUGGAGUUGUUGUACAUUUAAAUAAAUCUAUCAGUGCAGUGUGUUCGCCAAUCAAAACACUGCCUGCCGUAUGGAUUCUCAAUGCCUGUGUAAAGAUUGAUAUGAAUUGUAGUGAUCCAACCCAAACAGAUUCAACACAUCUACAGUAUUCUCUUGAUUUUAUAGAAUUAGGAAGUCAAGCAUUCACCAUAGAUGAAUUAUCUAAUGGUGUAUACAAUUUAUGUUAUCAUCUGAAUGAAAGUAUGCGAUAUCAGCUUGCUGUGACUGUAUCUAAUGAUCUGUUAGAUUACAGAGCUUUUAUAUCUCUGGAAGUUGAAUAUGAAGACACAACUCCUCAAUUUACCUACGCAUCUUAUUCAAAAGACAUUCCAGAAAACAUACCUGUGGGGUAUAGUGUUACUACAAUCCCAGCAUCUGUCAGAUAUGGUGAAUUGUCUUUUUCAAUCCAAGGUCAAGAAAGUAUUCCAGUUUUUGAAAUCACCAAAACAGGAGUUAUUUUAACAAUAUUAUCUUUAAGACCAUAUACAAAUGUGACCAUGCAAUUUAAAGUUCAGGCAAUGAAUGUUCUUACUGGAUUGACAGCCUCAGCAGAUGUUAAUGUGUUUAUAUUAGAUGUUGAUGAUCCUCCGUCAUGUGAAGUAACUGGAUUUCUUCCUCUGUUACCUGUUGAUUCACCUGUUGGGACGAUUAUAGUAAAUUUUACCUGUAUUGACCCAGACGUAGUACAGGAAUAUAUUAGAGAGUUGGAUGCUCAUGUUGAGAUGGAAAAGGAUGAAGAGAUGUCCCAAGAUAUUUUGAAAAAAGAUGAAGAGAAGUCCCAAGACAGUUUGAAAAAAGAUGAAGAGAUGUCCGAAUAUAAUUUUAAAAAAGAUGAUUCUAACUUUGAGGUAAAGUUUCUUUCAAAAGGAAGGGAAACUACAGGAUCCAUAUUAACUAAAACUCCAUUACCUGUCGACAUACCUAUGUACAAUAUAACGGGAAUAGUUAGAGAGAAGAUUUCUCCUGAAUCACCAAGAUAUAAUAUUGUUAAAAGAAGACAACCUGUAUAUCGGGAAACAUUUGUGGUAAAUGUUAAUUUGACACCUCCAGAUCCUUCAUUUGAUGCCUAUAUCAUAAGCCCAACAAAAAUCCAGGUCAGAUGGGGUUUUACACGGUUAGAAUUUUACAACAUUACUGAAUGGUAUAUUAUCAGUUGGAAUGAAAAUGAAGAAAAUGGAUCUGUGAAUAGGUUCAGUGAGAUACAACAGUACACACUGACUGUGGAAGAAGAUAAAGUUUACAGAGUACAAGUCAAGGUCAAAACUAAAUAUGGAUUGUUAGUAACUCCCAUUAAAACAGUCAAAACACCAGAGAUUCCUAUCUAUUCAUCGUUUAUUGCAUCAUUCAAACUACAAGACAAAGAGUUUGUUCCAGAGCUGAAUGAUAAAUCUUCUAGUGAAUAUACUGAAUUGUCACAGUCUGUUAAAACUGAUGUAGAAAGUGAACUGAAUAAAACUUCUGGCUUUGUAUCUGUAGAAGUGUUACAAUUCAGAACUGGAAGUGUUAUAGUAGACACUUCAAUUACAGUUAAUCAGACAGGGAGUGUGCUUGAAAACUCAGCUGUGUUAAAAUCUGCCAUAGCAUCAGGAUAUUUGGGACAGCUUUCAGUAGAACCAUGGUCUUAUUCUAUAACAGAAGGAAAUGGAAAGUUACAGGUUGGACUGAGUGUCAAUGGACCAUUCUAUGAAGAUGCUGCUUUAACAUUUACUUGUACUGCUGAUAUUAUUGGUAAUGUUGGUCAAACCUCAGUUACAUGGACAUUAAACAAUGUGGUUCUAAGACCUACCAGUAAAUCAAGAUGGAGGAUCAUGAGACUGCAACCAAAUCAAUUGAUGCCUUUCAGGGUUGAGUAUCAGAUAUCAGUCGACCCUUUGAAAGUUGGAGAUUCAGGUAGUCUUUCCUGUAGUGUGACUGAUGGUUACUUACAAUCCAGCAGAAGUAUUCAGAUGCAAGUCCUUGGUAAACCAACAGUGUCUAUCUUCCCACUGACAGCAGUAGUUAAACAAGGGGAGACAACUACUGUACAGUGUACUGUUACUAGUAAUCCUACUGAAGUCAGAGAUAUACAGUGGUAUAAAAAUGGAUAUAUGUUUGAUGGAAGUCAAGAUGAAGUCAUUGAUACAGAUAUAGAAAGAACUAGUGAAUUACUAACCAUCAUAAAUAUUCAAAAGAGUGUUCUGUAUGGAUGUGUUGGUACAAACGAGGCUGGAGAGGGACCAAAAGUUAGGUCUAAUAUAACAGUGUAUGUAGAGGGAGAAAAUCUUGGAAUUUGUCCUGUUAAUGUUGAUAGAUUUGGAACAGUAUGGGAAGAAACCAUUGACGGUAUUAUUGUUACAAAGCCAUGUACGGGAAAUCAAACAGGUGAUGUGUCAAGAGUGUGCAAUGAUGGUGUAUGGGCAGAACCUGAUUACAGUACAUGUGUUUUGACGGAAUUAGUUUCCCUUGUUGAAGAGACUGACAGGUUGACUGAGGGUGCAGAAAGAGAAGUUGUUGAUGACAUUUUAAAGAAGUUAACAAACCUGACCCAAAGAGACAUUCAAUUGACGUCUGGUGAUCUAACUGCAGCAUCAAAUACCUUACUUGGUGUGUCCGAUCAUGCUAAAGAAAGGGUGGAGACAGUGUCUUCUGACCAGUUAGAGGAUUUUGUGGAAGCUGCGAAUAAUAUCUUAUAUGAUGAAAAGAAGGAAGAUUGGAAUCAAUUAAAAACCAAACAGCAGACCACUGAUGUAACCACAUUGCUAAAAGCUGUUCAAAAUUAUAAUGAUGCUUAUUCACAAAGUCAAGAUCAGGAGUUCAUAACAAUUAUACAGAAGGAAAAUAUAGUUGUAGAGGUUGGGAAGAUACAGAAUGAAGAUAUAACUUUUCCUGAUAGAACUCAAUUACAGCCGUCAUGGAUAACUAAAACCAAAACAACAAUCAAAUUACAACAGUCAUCAUUGACAGGCAAUCAACCAUUUGGAUUUGGAACUGCUUAUUACAGAAACAUAUCAGAUCUUUUCCCUACUUAUUUGUUAAAAAACAGAGAUGUACAAGACAUUGAAGGCAGUAUAGAAGUGAAUUCUGAUGUAGUGGACUUUUCUAUAUCUCCUCCUUUACCAUAUAUAAAUCCACCUCUAGUAAUACAAUUUGAGUAUUUGACUACUGGAUUAACUAAACCUGUAUGUGGAUUCUGGGAUUUUAAUUUACAAGCCUGGUCGACUGUAGGAUCUAGAUUGACUAAAGCCUCAGAUGAUCUAGCAACUUGUGAAUAUGAUCACACCACAAAUUUUGCUUUGUUGAUGAGUCCAAUGGGCACAAAGGAGACUGGACAUGAGAAAUCCUUAAGUUAUAUAUCAGCAGCUGGUUGUGGUAUAUCUAUCCUGUUUUUGGCUAUAACUCUUACAUUAUACUUUAGAAAUUGGCGUCGAAUCAGAUCAGAUAAAGCAAAAAUCCUGGUGAACUUAUGUAUAGCAUUGAUACUUUCUUAUGCUUUGUUCCUAUGCUUGUGGGCACCAUUAUCAGACAUAAGGGGAUUGUGUGUAACAAUUGCUGUGUUACUACACUAUAUUUUCCUGGUGGAUUUUACUUCGAUGUCCGCCAUGGCUAUAGAAAUUGGAAUCCAAGUUCUUUAUAUAUUACCAACAAAGUCUAGAGUGAAAUGGUUGAUACCAAGCUGCUGGGUUGUUCCAGCAGUGAUUGUUGGUAUAUCUAUGGGAGCAACACAAUUAGAAGGAUAUGGUGAUUCAGAUGUGUGCUGGCUGUCUGUAGAUAAAGGACUGAUAUGGGCAUUCAUAGGACCUGCUUUAGUUAUAGUAUUGGUGAAUCUUGUUAUACUAGCUUUAGUCAUAAGGACAUUGUUUAGGAGUAUGGGUAGUAAAGCUGGCAGAUCAAAUCAAUCCAAAUCAACACUAGAAAAAACAAAAACUGGUGCAAGAAGCAUUUGUGUAUUGGCUCCUUUGUUUGGUGUCACAUGGGUUUUUGGCGUAUUAUCUAUGUCAAAAGAUUUGGUAGCAUUCCAAUAUCUUUUUGCAAUAUUCAACUCCUUACAGGGAUUUUUUAUUUUCAUAUUUCACUGCCUAAUGGACAAACGGGUGAAUGAGGCAAUUAAACACCGUAAUAAGAAGAAAAAAACUUCUCGUUUUGACUCCUUUUCAAACACGGUCACAAAGACACGACUAAUAACCCAGACAAGUUUUACAGAGGAAUCUCCUGAAACCAGUCCAAAAAAAACUAAUUCGAGUGUACUUAAUACCAAUGAGCUGGAAAAGCCAUAUGACAAAGAUCUGAACAAUAACCUCAAUAACAAUUUGCCUGGAAGAAAGUUGUCACUACUGAACAAUUUUGUACCAAAGAAUCAGUCAUCUCCUAUAGGACAACAGAUGAUAGGUAGACAAUCAGCUUCUAAAAAUCUGCCCACACCAGCAAACCAACAAGAAGGUUACAAUCCAUGCGGACUGGUACAAAGUCCAAUGAGGCUGUCUCCAGGACAUCAACCAACAACUCCUUGGCAACCAAAUACAGCCGACAUUGGAACAAUUUGAAUCUGCUGCUGUUGAAAUGUUUGGUCACAUCUGAUGUUAAUUAUUGAUUGCAGAAGACUAUUUUUUGUCAUAUAAGUGG